AUGGACAUGGUGGCGAUCGAUAAUGACUACUUCCUUGUCCGUUUCGGCUCUGUCGAUGAUCUAGAUCACGCGAAAUUCGGGGGGCCCUGGAGGAUACUCGAUCACUAUCUGAUAGUGAAGGAGUGGUCACCGGACUUUGAUCCAAUAAGAGACAAGACCGAGAAGGUCCUGGUAUGGAUACGCUUUCCUUGCUUACCUAUCGAAUAUUACAGUGCAUCUUUUUUGCAGAAGGUUGGGAAGAAGAUCGGGAGGCCUGUUCGAGUAGAUCAAGCGACAAGCCAGGUUUCCCGGGGCAGAUUCGCACGUAUGUGCGUCGAAAUCGAUCUCACUAAGCCGCUAAUCUCAAAGUUUAAACUCAGGAAACGGACGCGGUUCAUAGCGUAUGAAGGGAUACACCUGGUUUGCUUCGGCUGUGGCAUGUAUGGCCAUAGUCACGAAGCCUGCCCAGAAAACAAAAAAGUACUGCCAGCUGGAGAGACCAUGCAGAAUGUUGAGGACGUAAAUACGGGAAACCAGCCCGCGGCGGCAGAAGGGUCGCCAGUUUCUAAUGCGAAAGCGGGGGAGGACAAAGCGCCGUUUGGGGCAUGGAUGCUAGUGACGAGGGAGGAUAGAAGGAAAGGCCGACGAACUACCAAUGGAGGCGGCAACCAUGCGGUCGGUCAAUCGCCGCAAGGCCGAUCGUGUUUCGCGCCCAUUGCAAACCUGGAGGAACAGGUCCAUGAUGACCUGCUCGCGGAGCCAGAGUUCGAAACAGAGGAGGAGCAAUUGGAGGGAGGUGCGCAUGCAAUGGAAAAACACAAAUCGGGGGAGAAUCAGAGGGCCACCAAGGGACGAAAUCAGCGAAGGCCAAACGUGGUAGUUACGGAGAAGCAGGUAGCGAAUCAACCAGUGGCGAAGACGGUCCCGGCCGCGAGGACUGUGGGCGGACAAGACACUCGAGUUCAGUCUAGAGUUAUCUCGCGGAGAGCAGCUGAGGAGGAGGAGCAUGUGGUGGUUAGGGGCUCGCAGGGGGGAGUGGUUGUUCACACAGAACGAAUUAUUUCCGAACCAGCAUGCAACACGAACCCCAUGUGCCAACUGGAAAACAUGGGGGAACACUUUAGUGAUGAGCCCAACGGCAUGGAAGUUGACGGUGAUGGGGGUAUAGAAGGAGACGGAGACCCGGGGGGAGACGCGGCGGAUUUAGACUCCACUGGCGCCGGAGGAAGAGAUUUCCACCGUGUCCUAAAACAAUUAAUCAGAACGUACCGACCAAGCCUGGGCUUGGUUGAACCAAAAGUAUCUGGAGAUCAGGCAAACAAAAUCUGCACCAAGCUUGGUUAUGAGGACUGGGUUCGCGUGGAAGCAGUGGGGUUUAGUGGGGGAAUUUGGGUGCUUUGGAAUAAACCGCUGGAUAUAUCAGUAAAAUACACUCACCCUCAAUUUAUCUUAUUGCAGGUCGCGGAAAAUGGAGGUACACCAUGGACUAUGGCAGUCGUCUACGGCAGCCCGGUUCAGCAUCUUCGGAGAAGGCUCUGGAUGGAGCUCCAGGCGCAAAAACGUAGCAUCCUCGGGCCCUGGAUAGCGGCAGGGGAUUUUAAUGCCGUCACCUGCGAAGGGGAAACUCAUAAUUACUCAGCGUUCUCUCCCCAGCGCAGUGUGGACUUUGCGGAUUGGAUUUACAGUGAAGGGCUCGUGGACAUGGGCUUCAGUGGGGCCCGACUCACCUGGAUGCGUGGGUCGGAACCUGAGAAAGGGGCCCGACUUGACAGGGCACUGUGUAAUGUGGAAUGGCGACACCGUUUCCCUGAGGCAACUGUCAGACACUUGCCACGAGUGGCAUCGGACCACACGCCGAUCUUGCUCCAUUCUGAUGGGAGAGGAGGCCCGAGAGGCCCUGACACGUUCCGGUUCCAGGCGGCUUGGUUGACCAAUGACUCGUUUAAGGAGGUCAUUCACAAAACCUGGGCUCCUGGCCAUGCUUUGCAAAGGAAUAUUGCCAUGGUUCGGGACGAGCUCACUGUGUGGAACAGAGAGGUCUUCGGCAACAUCGAGGGUCGGAAAAUGAAUCUUCUUGCUCGCAUUGGGGGAAUCCAACGACACCAGUCUUCCCAAGCCACAGGGGCCUUCGGCAGCUAG